UUGGCAUUGUUACGAAUACACAAAAUAAAUCUUUGUGUAAUUAACUGCAUCUAGGUAGCAUGAAGUGUGUAUAUUCAACAUAUAGAGGCGUGAGGUUGAGCAACAAUUCGAUAUUAGGUCACUGAUUUAAUUAUAGACAAGUGACACCAGACCUUGUCAGUACCAACGAGAUAUAUUGCACAGCCUCAACAUAGUUUGAAGGUAAAAGUUAGGAGAAGAAAUCAAACAAAUGAGAUUCACAAAGUCGACUAUGAACACUCUGCAGCAAAGUAAUGCAGCUUCUUCCGCCACUCCGUCAGUAAAAGACUUGGUGAGGCUUUUAUAUGGUGGAAAACGUUUUGGAAAUCAUGUGGAUGAAGUUUGGCCCAACUUAUUCAUUGGUGACAUGUCAGUGGCCAAUGAUCGCUACAGUCUGUGGAAGCUGGGUGUCACUCAUGUACUGAACGUAGCUCACGGGAGGAUGAACUGCCAGGGGAGCCAUGACUUCUACGGCUCCACAGUGGAUUAUUAUGGCGUGCCUGCAGAUGACUCACCGUCCUUUGACCUCUCCCGCUAUUUCUUUCCCUCUGCAGAGUAUAUUCAGAGUGCACUUGAAACGGCUGGUGCUCGGGUGUUUGUCCACUGUGCAGUCGGCGUGAGCAGGUCUGCCUCCCUCGUCCUGGCCUACCUAAUGAUCCAACACCACUACACCCUGCUAGAGGCCAUCAAUAAGGUCAAAGAGCGAAGAUGGAUUUUCCCAAACGGAGGAUUCCUCAGACAGCUCUGUGCUUUGGACAGGAAACUACGCGAGACAUCAUGAGUAAUCCGUUGCACCUUAUAAACGUAUUGAUUUUAUAAUUACAGAACCCCAAACGCCUGUUUUCCUCGAGACAAAUUAAGAAUUGAGUGUCCACCAGUGGAGGGAUGUACUGUACUUUGACUUUAAUCAUUUUGUUUCAAGAAGGGUAUUGAAUCUAUUGACCCUGCAGCUGUGUUAGAUGUGAGUCAUGCUGCGGAUUCACGGGAUAUUAAACCAUAUAUUAGAGGGAGAUCAAUGUAAUCAACCCACCCCUAAGCGGAAUCCAUUUUAGGACUGAAUAUGAGACAAAAUGACUCAUUUAACCUUUAUGUUAUGAUGAAAAAACAUCCUGUUGUGUUUUCUAUUCUGUGUAAAUCAUCAUGGUCAAUAAAUAUACCAUUUAUAACACAGUAUAAUUCUAGUUGCAAGCAUAGUUAAUUACAUUUAAAGGGAUUAGCAUUAGCAACACAUCUACUCCUGAUUUGAAGGAUAAAUUAAAGGCAGAUUGCCAUAUUCUAUUACGUCUUGAUUUCAAAUUAAUUAAAUAUUUCUAAACUACAUUCACUGUUUCUUAUAAAUACCCGGGUAACAGUAUCUCUAAGAAAAAAUAAUUAUUCUCGGGUAUCAACUGAGCCCUGGAUCACAGCCGGAUCAAACCUUCACCAACAGGUAUGGAUUUUAUUUAAUGUACACAUGAGGUGAGCUAUGGUCCUGCCACCCACACACACACAGUAUGAAUCAAUAAGCAGAAGCAGCAUUUUAAAUAAUCAGUCAAUAACUGUCUGAAAGGUCAAAAUGACCCGGAGACAUUUAUUGACUGCCUUUUUUUCCCUCUUUUUUUUACAACAUCAGUAACUGACUUUUUACAACACGCCAUCACGCCCACAUUUUACCUACCCGUUCACGACCCUGAAUGAAGAGAGGUCGUUACAUUUUAUGGAGGUUAAUUGUGUUUUUCUUCCAUUUUAAAGCUGGAAUCGGUGAAAUUGACCUGCUGCUUAGCAGGACGGUUAGAAGAGACCCUCGCAGCAGCGUGUGGGCUGUUUGAUGUCAUGUGCAGCCAGGGGGCAAAACCAAAUAUUUCUUUCCCUUUUCAGCUGGUUUGCUUUCACAAAUAUUCAUGUCGGAGCAGUGAACUAGCUGCACCAAGCUGUUGCGGUAUACAGUAUCUAUUCCAUAAAG